CUCAGUAGUACCUUAAGUGCGUAUGCAUGAAGAAGGUGGUUGACAUUAUUACCGAGUGACCGAAUUGAUCAACACAUAUAGUCUGUUUCAUAACCAUCACCAUCAUCUUUCCAAACAAGGUGGCAAACUACUAAGAACACGAAAUACGUCCUUAAAGCAGGAACAUCCAAUACCACCAAAAAGUGAUAUCGCAACUUAUACCCAUUUCUAGAAUAGCUCACAUGAGCACAUAAACCAUUCAAUUCCCUGCAAGGAGAGGUGAUCAUGCCAUUGUCAGAUUUGGUGACAGGAGGGCCCGCUUGUGGGCCUUCAAACCCACUGCAAAGUUUGGGUAAGCGAUUCGGACAAGAUCGCAGUACGCAGAUGGAUCGAUUCGAUGGAGAAGGUGAUGCAAAUAUGAUGCCAACAUUUAGAGGUCAACAACAUAUACGAGGACAAACGGAUAAUCCAGCUUUCUUUCAGAAUGGCGGACCAUCUUUUGAUAUGCAACCUUUACAAGGUGCUUUACCUUUAGCACAAGGUUCAAGAUCAUCAGCAUACACGCAACAUUCGCCACAAGUUGAUUUGAAUGGCGCAUGGCAACAUCAUCCAGCUCAACAAAAUCAACCAGUUUCAGCUUCGCAAAGAGAACACUUCGAACGAGGCUUCAGACAUGGUACACCACCAGCUGCCAAUGCUGAUCCUCGUUGGGCAAGAGAGUAUUCUCCAUCCGCAAUGAAUGCAAACCCAUCAAGCUCGCAAACGUCUCUUCAGCAUCAACCUCAACACGUACAUCAAAAUCAUCUACAUCGACCAAUGUCAUAUGGUCCCAUGCCAAUGUCUUAUCAAGGAUAUGGCUCCGGCCAAAUGGGCAUGAUGAAUCGUCCAGGCUUUGCUUCUCAAGAAGUUCAUCGUCCUAUGUCAACAAUGCAAAACGCACAACAGACUGGUCAAAGUCUCGCUUCAGAUACUGACCAAUGGAAUACAGCUUUCAGCGCAAUCGAGCAACAUCAAGAACCAAUGCCUUCAGCACAAAUUUCAGAGAUUCAAGAACAGGAUGCCGAACAAGCACAAAGACCGAUCGAUCCGAAUGAUGCAGACGAGCUGGCAAAGACAGCCGGUAGACUUGUUUCAACUGUCGAACAUGAGACCAACGACAAGUUCAAGCAAAGCAAGUUUCUCAACCUCAUGCGAAAAGUUCGGGAUAGACAAGCAGGUAUACAAGGAACCGAUAUUGUUGAAACACCUGUCGAUCAACAAAAUGCCGCUCAAACACCUGUUCUGGAUAAAGGCAAAGGCAGAGCAUUCGAUCCUUCCGCCAGUACAGCGCAAAGACCUACUAAUCAGAUGGAAGCAAUGAACCAAAGGAGUCAAAUGAAUGCUCUCAACUCUACUCGCAUUCUUGGACACGGUCCUGAUGCUCUACAAGAAGAGCUUCAAGGACGACAAAUGAUGAACGACUUAUGGGCAGAAGAAGAUGCUCAAAAGGAUGCAGAAGAACAAAUGCGAAUGAAUAGGAUGGCAUUUGUAGGAGACGGAGGAGAUGAAGCGCAAAGAAAGGCAGAAGAUGAUGCAGAAUUCAUGAAAUACCAAGGCCUGCUUGGGGCACAUCUUGGACCGGCUGCAGCAGGAUUGAAGCAAGAAAGUAAAUCAUCCGCUGGAAUGGAAGAAGAUAUGGACGAAUUGGAGAAUGCAGAUUUCGUUGGACGACAAUGGCAAGGCAACAAAGGUCGUGGAGUUCCAGGAAUGCAAGCUGCCGAAUGGGAUGCUUUACAGAAAGAUUGGGAUACAUGGCAAGCUACAAGUGCAGGAUUGGAACAAUCACGCGAAGUUCCAGUUUCAGCUGCAACAGCACCACAAUAUCAAUUCCAUGCUUAUAAUCCAUACAUAGGUGCAACGUCUAAUCCUGCUCGUGAAGCCACAGCUGCAGCUUUGCCGGCAGACAUGCAAUCCGUCUUGGAACGAGAAGCUGCCGUUCAACAAGAUCCAAACAAUGCAAGCGCUUGGUUAGAUUUGGGUGUUAAGCAACAAGAGAAUGAAAGGGAAGGUUUGGCUAUUGCUGCACUUCAAAGGGCUAUCCAGAUCGACCCAACUAUUCGCGAGGCCUGGUUAGCCCUUGCUGUUAGCUAUACAAAUGAAUCUGAUCGUAAUGCUGCUUUGGAAGCAGUGGAACGAUGGGUUGACGCAACUCCCGAAUAUCGUGCAAUCGUACGCGAAUACCGCAAACAGUUUGACGAAUCACAAAGCCCAAUCAAUAAGGCCUCUCAAACACAGACUGAACGUCAUGAGGCAUUGAUCAAAUUGUUGAUCGCUUUGGCCAGACAUAGUUCAACCCAAAACAAUAUUGAUGCUGACAUUCAAGUCGCCUUGGGUGUAUUGUUCAACGCUUCAGAAGACUAUGAAAAAGCUGUUGACUGUUUCACUGCUGCCUUGCAGGUACGACCUGAUGAUUGGUUGAUGUACAACCGAUUGGGAGCAACGUUGAGCAACUCAGGCAGAAGUGCAGAGGCUUUACGCUACUACCAACAAGCACUGGAUUUGAAGCCUGGCUUUGUACGCUGUCAUUUCAAUAUGAGUAUCUCAUGUUUGAAUUUACAGAUGUACCGUGAAGCUGCUUCACACAUUUAUACAGCUUUAUGUUUACAAUCGGAAAGUGUUGAUUUGAGUGGAGAUGCAAUGAUGCAAGAAACAGCAGCAAGAAAUAGUACAGUUACCUCAAGUAGCCUUUUCGAAACCCUAAGGGUUUGUUGUGAAUUACUCGAUCGUCCAGAUUUAGCUGAUCUUGCUUCAAAACAUGAUUUGGACGCUUUUGAUCCAAGCGAAUUUUGGGGACCUGCCGCUGAAGGAAACAGUGUCAUGGAACCAACCAUGUAAUUUUUCUCUGACUAAUAGAUUAUUUUUCUUUUCAAUCUGUCAAUGCUUUUGUGAGUAGGUCUAUCUGUCGGAUCAUACCUAACCGUUUCAUGCGCUUGUUCAUCAGCUCUUGCGUGUCCUUCUUACACAUUCACUACCGCAAAAGAUACUCAUUUGCAUACACAAAGCUGUACUUGUUUUUUUUUUGGCUGAAAGCGAUG